AAAGCUGAUAAAUGAAGGUUGAACAACUCCAGUGUACCUACAGAUUGUAUUUAAAUUGAUAAUUUUAUAUUGAAUUUUAAAGUAUUUAAAUUUUCCACUCUGCUGUGCGAUUGUGGAUAUUUUUUAUGUGACAUGCAGGUUCAUGAAUGAAACUAUUGAUUUGAGAUCUUUAUGCUUUGAUGUUAAGUUCCAUUAAAGAAUUGCUUAAGUGUUAUUUACCAGUACAGUUUUGAGUAAUUUAGUACCUAUACAACUUAUAAAUUUUAAUAUCCUAAUGUAACAAAAUAAUACUAAAUUAUAAUUAGUGCUUGCAUUUGUAUAAUAACUAGUUCAAAUUUUCGAUACCAAAAUGUAAGAUAUUCAAGAAUUUGACUAAUUUCUUUAACUAAAGGCACAAAAUGAAAUAGAGCGUACUUUGCUCAUAUUUAAGUUUUAAUUAAAAGAAGGCAGAUUUAUGCCCGCAAUAUAAUACUGUCUAGUUUUAAGUGUCUCGUUUCCAAAGAAAAUGUUGAAGAACGGACCAAGCUGGUCGAAUUGUUAUAGAGUUGAGAUAUGAUGUGGUGCCAAAAACGGCUGAGAACUUCCGCGCCUUGUGCACCGGCGAGAAGGGAGUCGGCGUGUUCGGCAAACCCUUGCAUUUUAAGGGAUGUCGAUUUCAUAAAGCGAUAUCACAGUUCAUGCUGCAAGGGGGAGAUAUCAUCAACAACGACGGGACGGGUGGUGAGAGUAUCUAUGGACCAACAUUUGAAGAUGAAAACUUUAAGAUUACUCAUGACGCGGGCGUGGUCAGUAUGGCCAACGCUGGACGCAACAGCAACGGUUCCCAGUUCUGCGUGACCACCGUGCCGUGCCCGCAGCUGGACGGCACCAACGUGGCGUGCGGCCGCGUGCUGGCCGGGCUCGGCAUCGUCACCGAGAUACAGCAGCUCGCGGACGACGGACAGCUCACAGUGGAGUGCCUCAUAGAAGAUUGCGGGGAGAUCACGGAGGAGAGCUGGGACGUGUGCUGUCGGGACGGCUCGGCCGACUGCCUGCCCGAGCACCCGGAGGACCUGCGCGUCAACCUCACGAUAGAGGAGCUAAUGCAAAGCAUCCGCGACGUGAAGAAGGUCGGCAACGCGCUGUUCGGCGCGGCGCAGUACAAGGCGGCGGCGCGCAAGUACCGCAAGUGCCUGCGCUUCCUGAGCCGCGCCGCCGACGUGCUGGCCGAGGGCAGCAAGGGCCACGGGGACGACUACAAUGAGGAGAUCAUGACGUACCGCGUGCAGUGCAGCCUCAACCUCGCCGCCUGCGCCACCAAGGUGCAGGACUACCGGGCCUGCAUCACCAGCUGCACCGAGGUGCUCGGCAUAGACGCGGACAACGAGAAGGCGCUGUACCGGCGCGGGCAGGCCAACUUCGCGCUGCAGAACUACGAGGCGGCGCUGGCGGACCUGCGGCGCGCCGGCCGCGCGGCGCCGCGCAGCGCGGCCGUGCGCCGGCUGCUGGAGGCGGUGCGGCGCGCCUACCGCAGCUACACCGACGUGCAGCGGCAGCGCCUCGCCAAGUUUUUUCGUGAGCACCAAGACUCGUGCGCCGUCGCCGGACGUCACUGAGGUGCGCCUCGAGGUCAUGAUCUACCAAGUUUUUUGACGGCUUCCGUUCCUUUCCAGCACGGAUACUUUCUAGAUUUUACGUAAAGAUACGGCCUGAGAUACGGCUUUCGUGAGAAAACCAGCAUGCCUGAAAGUUCUACAUAAUUUUUAAGUCUGUGUGUGAAGUCUCCUAUCCGUAUUUGUCCAGCGUUAUAUACCAUAGUCGAAGAUGUUACUCUGAGAGGAGCCCCGUGCUCAGUAGUGGGCCGGCUGAAUUGAGAUGAUAGUACGAAACAGGUCGGAGAUGGCAGUCGCGGUGGGAACGUUCGGCACACUGACGUCACCCGCGCUAUCCCGGUUGCCGAGGGCUUCAUGAAGUGAGGUUGGGGCACCAGGCAGGCUUCACAAACCACCACGACUUUGUGAUAUGAGGCCAUUUAAUUUUAUGACUUACUGAGUUUUUUGACAGGUUUCAUUAGUUUCGAGGACGGACCAUUUUAAUAACAAGGCGCAAGGUAUACGGACGCAUUUAGACGUUCCAUUUUACGUUCUCGCAGCGCGACAGUGGUGUAAGAUUUCAUGGAGACAUUCAUUGUAAUUUUGAACCGUGUUACAUAUCCAUGAUGACGCGCAAAAUUCACUUGACCAAUUUACCUAAGUUACAAGAGUAUACCGUAGGAUACGGAAACGUAAAAAAAAAUUGUGACUAUUAAAAAUUACUUUGGACUUCGUCUGUGUUGGCGUUUGCUGGCGCGCGUGCUGGCUGGCUUUUUGGGGUGUUUUUUUUUUUGUUAAGAGUGGCUGGUUUUUGUCUUCGUUGGUGCUUUUUGGUGGUUUGGCGCUC